GGCGGGGCCAGCCGGGGAUGUGGAGGGCGGCGGGCAUGGCCGCCGGGGACGGGCUGGGCCCCGCGCUGCGGGCCGUUACCGAGCGGGUGCAGCAGGCAGCGGCGCGCCGGCCGCAGGGGCUCCCGGCCGUGCAGCCGCGGCUGGUGGCCGUCAGCAAGACCAAGCCGGCCGAGAUGGUGAUCGAGGCCUACAGCCACGGGCAGCGCAGCUUCGGGGAGAACUACGUUCAAGAGUUGCUAGAAAAGGCAUCAGACUCCAGGAUUCUGUCCUCUUGCCCGGACAUUAAAUGGCAUUUCAUUGGCCACCUGCAGAAAACCAACGUCAACAAGUUGAUGGCUGUCCCAAACCUCUUCAUGUUGGAAACAGUGGAUUCGGUGAAGCUGGCAGACAGGGUCAACAGCUCCUGGCAGAAGAAAGGCUCCCCUCAGAGGCUGAAGGUCAUGGUGCAAGUUAAUACGAGUGGAGAAGACAGUAAGCAUGGCCUUCCUCCUGGAGACGCCACUGCUGCUGUGGAGCACAUCAUCAACAAGUGUCCCAGCCUGGAAUUUGUGGGGCUAAUGACCAUUGGCAGCGUUGGGCAUGACCUUAGUAAGGGUCCAAAUCCUGACUUCCAGAUGCUGUUGUCAUUGCGGAAGGAAGUGUGUGAAAAACUCGGUCUCCCCAUUGAGAAGGUGGAGCUGAGCAUGGGCAUGUCCACAGACUUCCAGCAUGCAAUAGAGGUUGGAUCCACAAAUGUCAGGAUUGGAAGCACUAUAUUUGGAGAACGAGAUUAUUCCAACAAAGCAGGCAGUGAAGGCAAAACUGAGACCUUGACAGUGCAGGGUCAGUAGGUGGGAAAAGAAGUGGCCUCACCAGAGGACAGCUGAUGGGAGACCUCACUAUGCAUUCUUCCCUCCCUCCGUGUCGGCACCCCGUCGUGAUGGUGAGAGGGAAUUCCUCCUAACAGAGCAGAGGCCAGGAAUGCCUCCUAAUUUAUUGUGAUUGUAGAGUACCCAUAGGAACUGGAAAUCUGUAGAACCAACAAAUGAUAUGACAAUGUAUGCUUGAAAGUGACUGUGGUAUCUUGGCUCCUUCAGGGUCCUUGGGUUGACAGGGUUGACCAAAGUGUUUGUCAGGAUGGAGCUGCUAAUGAAUCAAGCUGUAUCCUCACCAGUGGCAGUGAGUUUGGUUUCACUGAGGACUAAAUUCUUCAUUAAACAAAUUCUCAUCUCGCCACAGACCCUAUAAAUAUUUCCCCAAACAAAAGCUCUGCACGUGGUGGCUCCUGAGAGAUGCUGUGACCAGGAACUCUGCUAGAGACACACUGUGACACUGCAGAGGGCAAAGAGCAAGCCCAUGAGGAUGGGUAAGGAGCACAGCUGCCAGCUUGAGCUCACGUUUUGGGUGCAGGUGGCAAGUGUGGGAGUCUUUUUGCCUGGAGUUUGUAUUUAUCCUUCCCAGGCUGACACUGCUGGCUCUUCCCAUUGGUUCCAUGUCUGCUCAGGUCUUCUGGGAUGCUUUCACCCUUCACCUCUUGUGGUAUUGGGAAUUAUUUUCAUCCUGCCUAGUGGUUCUUCGACAGUCUGACUUCUUUUGGGUCAGAAUGGGGCUUUUCUGUUGCUUUCCAAGGCGAGUCACUUGCUGUUUGGUGCCUCCAGCAUCCUGCCUGCAUGUCUGAGGAUGAGAAUACUCCCUUGUCUCGCAGGGCAGCGCUGAGGUUUGCUUUUCCUUUGGGAAAAGACCUCCAGAAAGGAAACCCCUACUGUUCUGCUGUGUUCUGGGGUCCUGCAAAGAGUCCUGUCAGCCCUGCCAGAGCUCCUAGGCUGUGUCUUAAUACGUUAAGCACUGGCCUAACCUCCACUUCUCCUGGAAGAGGGAAGUGGGGUUCUUCCACUGCAGUAGCUGUUCCAUUUAGAGCAGAAGCUCCCAUGUUAAUGUUACAUGCUGUUUGGCCAACACUAGCUAUGGCAAGUCUCUCUUGUAACCCAUGUUAAAACCGAGGUUUGGGGCUUUUGUGUGCUGCUGAGAGGAGGAGACAUCAGUUGCCAGCAGAAACCUCCUUCCCAGGCUUUUCUCUGUGUGCACACAGUUAAAUCCAGCCUUUGGCUUUCCCCUCUGACUAUAAAUGCUGAAUGUAAAUGAAAAGAGUCAGCUCUUAACCUGUCCUAGCUCCGUGGUUUAGAAGCAACAGGCGGUCUGAGCCACCCUCCUCAGCACUGCACCGUGGGUUGUUUCCUAGUCCAUCAACAAGUGGUGAAUUCUGAUACCAUCUGUGCCAACUCCAAAGCUAUUAAAGAUGUUAUUUUUAUGUUCCA